AUGCCAAUAUCUGGAAUUCAAGAGCUGCAGACCCAUUUGCAGCAUCUACUCGGCGACCCUUCUUUGCCGUUCAACCUGAAGCUUCUAGAUGAUGUUGAGCUUCAGCUCACUGAAGACAAUAUCCCUCCCCUCCUACCAGUCUUGCUGCCUCCUCUGACAGGAAUAUUGAAAUCAACAACCCAAGACCCAACGCCAUUACUAUCUCUGACAAUCAAGCUACUGUCACCUCUUUCCUUCACUCGGACUCUUACAAUUGCUGAUCCGCCAUCGCUGCUAACAGCUUUGAGCUCACCACUGCCUGGCGCUAAAUUGCUUGCGUUGGCUAUUAUCCACAAAGCUGCAAAGUCGCCCUCAGAUGCAUCCAUCCUGAGCACGCUGCCCGACGUCGUCGAAAUGCUUGUCCAGUCUUGGCUAGCCAGCGCAGACGUAGGUGUUGGCGAGCGUGCUGCUAGAGUGCUCGGUGACUUGCUGGAGACGGACUGCGAGGCUGUCGACAAGGGUACAAACAUUGCUCAUUCCAGGCCUCUGAUAAAUGGAGAUGAAGUUGUCAAGCGCAGUGUUCCAGGCCACGGUAGAUUAUGGCGCCUGAUACUGUCGAGCCGACCCAGCCUCACGCUGAUACAACAGCUUUGUUCAACCAACUCUGCAUAUCUGGGCCAACCACGCUCUGCGCAUCAGGUUUCUAUCUCCCAGGGGCGACUUCUGAGGUUAUUGCCACGCCUCUGCACUCUCAACAUCGGGGCCUUGAGCCAUCCUGUACUCCAAGAUGUUUUUACCUUGCCCGAAGAAAUCGGCAGUCAAGUGGGGAACGGACUGCUUCAAUGGGCAGCCCUUGGCAUGGUGGACAAGUCGGACACGUUGAUGCACCUCAGUCUUGUGGACUUUUUUGAAACUUUUGUCAGCGUUAUGCGGGUGUCAAGACGAUCUGCUGAAGUGGACGCAUUCAUACACAAGCUUUUGACAACGGCACUUGAGCACGACAGCGAGCUGGAGGCUGCACUGAAGCGGCUCCCGGACAGGACCGUUGAAGGCGAGGCGGAGCUUGUACGGGCAUAUAUAACGGGGAUACUCGACUAA